UUUCCCUAUUUCUUUCUCAGAUCUAUUAACACCCUUUCUGCAUUUUCCGUCUUUGUUACAAUCUUUUGUUCCAUUGGGGUGUACAACAUGAGUAAAGAAGAGUUUUUGAAGAUACAGAAAUGUGUUCUCAAAGUGAACAUACACUGUGAGGGAUGCAAGCACAAAGUUAAGAAAAUCUUGCAGAAGAUUGAUGGGGUUUUCACCACUGAGAUAGAUUCUGAACAAGGGAAGGUGACGGUUUCAGGGAAUGUGGACCCCGACAUUCUCAUCAAGAAGCUUUCAAAAUCCGGGAAACAUGCAGAGCUUUGGGCUGCUCCUAAAGCUAACAACAACAACAACCAGAACAACAACAUUGCCAACCAGUUCAAGAACAUGCAAAUUGACAAUGGAAAAGGUGGGGGAAACAACAAGGGUCAGAAGGGUGGAAAUAACCAGCCCAAAGGUGGUCAACAAGGACAGAAUCCCCAGCAGCAGCAACAACAGCAGCAGCAGCAGCAGCAACAACAGCAACAGCAACAACAGCUUCAGCAGAUGCAACAACAACGGCUUCAGCAGCAGAUGCAACAACUUCAGCAGAUGAAAGGGUUCCAAGAUCUGAAGAUGCCUCCUCAAUUCAGGCCGCCCAACCAGAACCCAAACAUGAAAGCAGGCAAGUUCAAUUUGCCUGAGGAUGAUGAUUUGUCUGAUGAUGACGUUGAUGACGAUGAUUUGGACGAUGAAGAUUUGGAUGAUGAUGAGUCUGAUGAUGAUGAUGGCGAGAUGGAUGAUCCACAGCACCCUCUUCCUCUAAACAAGAUGAAGCUCCCAAUGGGGGCUAAUGGCCCUCAAAUGAUAAUGAAUGGGAAUCAUCCACAGUUGAUGAAUGCUCAGAAGGGUGGGAAUGCCGGUGGCGGCGGCGGUGGUGGUGGAGGAGCUAUUCCUGUUCAAAUGCCUGGCAUGGGUGGUGGAAAUGGAGGAAAGAAAGGAGGAGGAGGUGGUGGUGGUGGUAAUGGAGGAAACAAUCAGAAUCAGGGUGGUGGAGGUAACAAAAAUAAUGGUGGCAAAAAUGGGAACAAUGGUGCGGCAAACAAGAAUGGCGGUGGUGCUGGUGCUGGCGGUGGCGGUGUCAUUGCAAAUAGCAAUGGAAAUGGAAAUGGGGGUAAAAAGGGUAAUGGGAUGGGUGGUGAAGCUGUUCAAGCUAUGAACAGUGGAAUCCCAAACAUGGGUGGUCAUCAUCCUCUUAUGGGUGGGGCUAAUGUGGGCCCUAUGGCUAACAUGAGCAUGCCUAUGGGACCCAUGGGGAACAUGCCAAUGAACCAAAUGGGUAACAUCCCAGCCGUUCAAGGCCUCCCAGCAGCCGCCGUUCAUGGCGGUGGUGGCGGUGCUAGUGCUGGUGCUGGUGCUGGUGGAUACUUCCAAGGAGCUGGUCCGGAUAUGAUGCCUGGAAAUCCUUACCACCAACAACAACAACAAUACAUGGCUGCCAUGAUGAAUCAACAACGUGCAAUGGGGAAUGAUAGAUACCAGCCAAUGAUGUAUGCUCGACCUCCUAUGGCUGUGAAUUACAUGUAUCCUCCUCCUUACAACUAUCCUCCUCCAGACCCAUAUACAACCUAUUUCAGUGAUGAGAAUACUUCUUCAAGCUGCAAUGUUAUGUGA